AUGUCUCCCGUCCCAGCACCACCACCUAUUUCACCCAAGAAAGACGACAGGCCUCCGUCCACCCCGGCCGACGCUCCUGUUCCCCGCUCACCGCCGAGCUCCCGCUCCAACGAUGUUAAGCCCAUCGACAGCCAUCAAUCAAGGGAGUCGCCACCCCCGACCUCCAGCCCUCCCAAGCCGUCCACCUCCGAACCAUUCCCGCCUUCCAGUCCACGACCAAAAGAGCCAGAGCCUCCACAACCCUCACAUCAGGAUGACGAUGAACCAUCUCCGGACGGCGAGGGGGACAUAAUGGACAUGGAGACCUUUUCCCAGCUGAUAGACCUCGACGAUGAUGAUCCAGAGUUCUCCAAGGGAAUGGUCUGGGAGUUCUUUCAGCAGGCAGAGACGACAUUCGAGGAGCUGGACGCUGCAUUUGAGAGCAGGGAUCUCUCCACGUUGUCGUCAUUAGGCCAUUAUCUCAAGGGCUCGUCUGCUGCUUUGGGCGUGGCUCGGGUGCAGGCAUCGUGCGAGAAGAUUCAGCAUUACGGUCAACUACGGGACGAAGAAGCUGAUAGAGCUCUCUCGAAUGAUGAAGCUCUUUCCCUCAUCCAGAAUAUGCUCAAGCAAGUCAAGAAGGAGUAUGCGACGGCCGAGAAGUGGUUGAGGAAUUACUACAAGGAGAAUGGCCCUGGCAGUGAAGAUAGCUAAAUCUGAUGAUGAUGAAGACCAGCCGCUAUUGGGAAUGUGUACACAGCAAAUCUUACGACGAUCCAUGACGUUCCCAACUUGAAAUACCCCUUUGGAAAUCGAUGGAGGUUG